GUGAAAAAGAUAUACAGUCCAUGGGUGUAAAAUUGCGAAACAGAUUAAAUUUAGUUGUGAAGGAAAAGUUUCCACAUACAAAGAAAUGUUAAGUCGAGAAGAAAAGUGUCGAAACACAGAAGGGAAGUGUGAGAAUAUAGAAUAGAACUAGGGGCCAUCGUAAUGUUUUCUACAAUAAUAUGCAUUUUUCCAUGUUAAAAAUGGCAUUCGGUUUCGUUUUCUGACUUCGACUCAACAGGGAGCACACUGAACAACGUUUGCAGAAGAUGUAUUAGGCAAAAAACUGUCGGAAAAACUAUGAUGUAAAAUAAUGCCAAAGAAAAAAACUUUUCAAGAUCUGAAGUAUAAAUUCAUCAGAGGUUUGAUUGGAUAUGAGAAGUACCAACGAAAAUUUAACUACCUAAAGUCAGCGGCAGAAUGGACGUCAAGGGCUAUUGUAUCUCUAGAUCUUGCAGAUAGCGAAAUACGCUCAGUGAAACAGGCUGAAAAACUAGAAGCAAUUGGUGGUGCGAUUGCAGAAAGACUGAAAUUCAUUUUAAAUAGAGACAACAUUGACUGUGAGCCACCGGCUAAAGAAAAAUAUGCGAGCAGUGCUUCUGCUUUACUUGCAGCUCUGUAUGAUCUAACACAAGAAGCAAAAUUUAAUAAUCCGGAUGAUGAUUUCCCCUUAAUACAUAGUGAAGUUCUUCGUGAAAGAUGCAAAGAAAUGUGUGAAGAAAGCUUUACGACACCGAUAUCCUCUUCUGCUUCAAUUUUCUGCUGUGCGUGGUGGAGAUUGAACAUUUUGGAAUCAAGGAAUUACAUAAAGAAAAGAAUGAGAUCAAAAGAAGUUGUUUAUCAGAUAUUACCAUUAGGUGUUGAGGUUGCGGAAAGACUAAAAGAUGGUUUGUCAGCACCUGAAAAGCCUUCCCAUGAUGCUUUGUAUACAACUGAUGAUGGCAGUGAUGGAGUUGUGAUGUGUGUCGACCAUAGAGAGCUUGGAGGAGAUCACAAUAAAUUACUUACGCUCUGUAAUCUUCUUUCACGAGAAGGAAUCAAAUUUAAAACAACAACACUGCCUGUUGGUGACUAUGUGUGGUAUCACAGACGUCAUAAAAAUGAAGAGAAACUACCAACACUUGUGGAAAGGAAAAGAGGAGAUGAUCUUGCAGAAAGUUUAAAAGAUGGAAGAUUUUUAAGACAGAAAGAAAAUAUGAAACAAUGGAAGAAUUCCUUUGGAACACGUGAUGUCCAAUUGUAUUACGUCAUCGAAGGUGACAUCAGUAAAUAUGUUGUUCAAUGUGGACACGAAUGUGUGGGCAAGUGUGGAAAUCCUGACUUGCUUAAAGUCACAACUACUUUGAGUGAGCUUGAGAAUGAUUCUGAUUUCGCUGUCAUAUAUACUUGUAAUGUCGAAGAAAGCGUACAGAGUUUAGUUAAUAUUCAUUUGGAACUUGAAGCCAGGAUUGCUUCGAAAGAGUUCGUUGAUGAGAUGUCGAAAGGAAACGUAAAACAUGAAGUUCACCCACCGGAGAAACAUAAGCGUUACCUACCGGACAAACACGAACUUUACUCACCGGACAAACACGAACUUUACUCACCAGACAAACAGGAACUUUAUUCGCCGGACAAACACGAACUUUAUUCGCCGGACAAACACGAACUUUACUCGCCGGACGAGCAUGGAGGAGGUUUUUAUGCUUCUUUUAAUGAAACUUCCAAUAAUUCAAUAACAGAAGAUUCGCCUGAUUCUAGUCGACGCGAAAGUUCAGUGUUUACGCGAUGUGAACGUUCUGAAGAAAAUGCGCGCCUUGGAUCUGUUAUGAAAAAUUCGUUUAUCCCUUGCCCUAAACGACUUGACAAGCACGAUCAAGACCUCGAUGACCCAUGUUUAUAUAAACCUAUUGACUCGUUUAAUUCGUUAGAAGAAUAUCGGAAAAGUAAAGAGCAACAAGAUGGUAACCAUGACUGCGAUUAUGCAUCUUCGGAUUUACGAAGCACAGAUAAUCCCUUCCUGCCAAUUUCAGAAUUUAAUCCACGAAUUUCUUUACAUACAGAUCUUGACGGAACCGCGAUUUUUAAACCAGAUAAAGAUGCAAAUUUAGAAAAUGACGUCAGCGACACUGAACAUGCGGAAUUGCGAACCAGCUUCACUACCUGCGAGCGAUAUAAAACAGAACCAUUUGCAACUAAGAAUGAUAAAUUAAAGAGAGUUUCAUCGCUCUCUUCAACAUCCUCUACUGCAAAACGGAAAAAAACGACUGUAAAUUUUGAUAACUUGGCUUUUAUUGAGGAAGAACUGAAAUUUUCGGAAAGACAGGAAACCGAAGACUGCGAUUGGUUGUACAAAAGCGCGUUUGUGGUGGGAGAAGUUGGUAACAGUACCUGCACGUCAAAGUCUAAGCAUCGACACAAUGACAUUGAUAUUGAUAAUCUGUCACCAUUUCAACAGAAUGAAAUCGAGAAUCAAAAAAUAAAAGAUACCAAUAAACAGAAGUGUCAUGGGGACACAACGAAGCAGUUUCUUUUCAAUGGAGAAAUGAUUGACAUGGGAGAAGAGCAGCCCGAAGUUAAAACGGAAAGUGACAAUUUGGAAGAUAAAACAGAGACAAGCGGAAAAAUUAAUCAACUUUCAAUGUUAUUUCCUAAGAGGAAAGUUCGAGAACUAAUUCAAAUGUUAAAUAGUGUGGAUGGCAGUAUACAGUUGGCUGCGGAAAGGCUUCUUUCCUAAAAUUGUUUUUGAAUCAACAAAAAUUAUGGAGAAGUGUAGCGAUUCCGCAUGAUGGACCUUAAAAACUGAUGAUUUUAUAUGUAUAUAUGUAAAUUUUGACUCGUCAACGCUGAUUUUAAUUUAAAAUAUAUCUAAAUUUGAAUUGUUUACGGCGAACUGUGCAUUCUAAUGGGAUUAAUAAGACAAACGCUCCUAAUGCCUCACUUGGCCAGUUGAACAGCUUUACCCUGAAAAAUCGAGAGAAAUUGCCAUCUGACCCUCAUGUGUUUGUUUUUUAUAUAAAUAUUGUAACGUUGUCAAACAUUUUUUAUCUUGUCUGUAAUUUUAUUUUUUGCCCAUAUAAAGAGGCACAUUGUGACUCAUGUGAACAAAACACCAAUUGAGGUUUAACUUACUAACGUUUAAUAUUUACAAAACAAACAAAACAUACACCAAUUUUGUUAUCACAACCUCAUACAACAUGCUGGUACUUUCUCGCAAACAAGCGGUGCUGAAAAGCAACACAAGGAUUAGAACUCAAUGCAGGUGGGCAUCGCACGUCCAUGAAGCAGAGACGAACACUCUCCGUUUAAGAUCUAUUUUUUACUUUUCUUGAUAUCACUGUUAUUCGUCCGUAAUUUCUGCCACAACGCUCUCCCUUUUUUCUCCGUUUUGCUCUCCUCCACCUCAAUAGUUUUUGGAAAUUCCGGCGUUGAAUUAGGCCUUUCAGCUUGACCUUUUUGUCUAAUUUCAGGACUCGAUUUACUAGCGAGCAUGUGAACCUGAGUUGUUGGAUAUUUAAAACUGAUACAAUUUUCUUUGAUGAAGUGGUUAACCACGCCUUCGAGAU